CUAGCCGCGCUUUAAAUAAUAUUUUAAAUCAAAUGAUCUAUGUGAAAAGAUUAGUUGAGAAAGCAAUCCUACCAAAAAAGGGGUCAUUAAAAGCAGCUGGCUAUGAUUUAUUUAGUGCUGAAGAUACUAUUGUUCCAGCAAAAGGAAAAUAAGUAAUAAAGACUGGUAUAUCAAUGGCUUUAAUUGAAGGCACUUAUGGUAGAAUAGGUAUGUUUAAUCUUUAUAGUUAUAGCUCCUCGUUCAGGAUUAGCAGCUAAGAAUUUUAUAGAUGUAGGAGCAGGAGUGAUUGAUGAAGAUUAUAGAGGAGAAAUCUGUGUUUUAUUAUUUAACUUUGGAGAAAAUGAUUUUAAAGUUAAUUAUGGAGAUAGGAUUGCUUAAAUGAUUAUUGAAUAUGUUGUACAAACUGAUAUUUAAGAAACAGAUAAUCUGACUCAAACUUAAAGAGGAGAAGGAGGUUUUGGAUCAACAGGAGUCAAAUUAAUUUAAAAUACAAAUAACCAAUACUAAUAAUUAAAGGACAAGUUAUCAAAUCUUCAGCAAUUAAAUCAUGAUUAACCAGAACCUUGGCAAGAAUUAACCAUCUUAGAUUUAUAUAGUUUAUUCUCAAAUGGACAAAUUAAUAGUAAAUAAAAGUAGCGAUUGGGUGAACUAACAAUGAAAGGAGAUAAAAAGGUCUAUGAAUUAUUUAAAAAGAAUGAAGGAAAAAAUGAAUAAAUCAUAAUUUAAUAGUUACUUAAUUUAAUUGAAGAAUGAUGAUAAUUAUAUAGUUAAAUUAUUAAUAGUCUAAAA